AUGCUCAACCAUCAGUGUGGAAUACAGGAUGCUGACAAGAAUGAACUGAGAUCCAUCGCCUCCGAUCCUGACGAAAUUCACAUGUACAUUAUAAAGGACUUCUCAUCUCUAAAGGAUAUUGUUGACCACCUCACCAUCAGCAUCUGUAACAGCGCUAAUAGCUUAGUGUUUGUCAGGCUGGUGAAUGGGACUGGUCUGUGUUCAGGACACCUGGAGGUGAAGUCUAACCAGUCUAACCAGUCGUGGUCCUCAGUCUGUGAAGAUGACUUUGACCAGCAGGAUGCAGAGGUGGUCUGUAGGGAGCUGGGCUGUGGGGCUCCUUCAGUCCUCCAGGGGGCGCUCUAUGGAGAAGUGGAGGCUUCAAUGUGGACCAAAGAGUUCCAGUGUGGAGGAAAUGAGUCUGCUCUCCUGGACUGCAGAAGCUCAGACUCAGAUAGAAACAACUGCUCAUCUGGCAAAGCUGUUGGACUCACCUGCUCAGAUCCUGUCAGGUUGGUGGGAGGAUCCAAUCGCUGCACUGGAACACUGGAGGUGAAACAGGGAGACUGGAGACCAGUGGAUGGCUCUGACUGGACACUGACGUCAGCAGCUAUAGCCUGUGAAGACUUGGACUGUGGCUUUGCUGUGUCAACAGGAAUAAGAAAUGUGUCCAUGUCCACAUCUACAUGGAUCAAUCCUGAUUGUAUUCAGGCUGGAUAUACUCUGAGGGAGUGUGUCACAUCAGGUUCCUCCUCUUCCAUCCUGGAGCUCACCUGCUUAGAGCCUGUCAGGUUGGUGGGAGGAUCCAGUCGCUGUGCAGGAACACUGGAGGUGAAACAGAGAGACUGGAGACCAGUGGGUGGCUCGGACUGGACUCUGAAGGAAGCAGCAGACUCUGUCAGGCUGGUGAAUGGGACUAAUCUGUGUUCAGGACACCUGGAGGUGAAGUCUGACCAGUCUAACCAGUCGUGGUCCUCAGUCUGUGAAGAUGACUUUGACCAGCAGGAUGCAGAGGUGGUCUGUAGGGAGCUGGGCUGUGGGGCUCCUUCAGUCCUCCAGGGGGCACUCUAUGGAGAAGUGAAGGCUUCAAUGUGGACCAAAGAGUUCCAGUGUGGAGGUAAUGAGUCUGCUCUCCUGGACUGUAGAAGCUCAGGCUCAGAUAGAAAAACCUGCUCAUCUGGCAAAGCUGUCGGACUCACCUGCUCAGAUCCUGUCAGGUUGGUGGGAGGAUCCAGUCGCUGUACUGGAACACUGGAGGUGAAACGAGGAGACUGGAGACCAGUGGAUGGCUCUGACUGGACUCUGAUGUCAGCAGUUGCCUUCUGUAGAAACCUGAACUGCGGCUCUGCUAUUUCAGCAGGAAGGAGAGAGGACUCCUCCAACAGAUCUGCAUGGAAGAUCAACUUUGACUGUGUUCACUCUGGAUCUGCUCUGAGAGAGUGUGUAACAUUAUUGUCCUGGUCUUCCUCCACCCUGGAGCUCACCUGUUCAGAUCCAGCAGCUUUUAUCAUCAGACUGGUCGUCCUGCCGCUGAUUCUGCUGUUGUUCAUCACUGUCAUCUAUUUCAUCUUUAAGACCACCAGGGGGAAGAAGCCAGGCCAACAGGAGAACAUUGAGGUGGAUUAUUACAACCUCAGUGUUUUCAGAAAUGAAGGAGGAUCGGCUGAAGAGGAAGGAGCCCAGGCAGAAGAGUAGGACCUACAAAGAGC